UCUUGGACCUACCACUGCAGGCAUGAGAUUCCUCUUCCUUAACCUGCUGUUCCUGGGGGCCUUGGGAUUGUGCUUGGCUGCACCUAGAGAGAAUGUUCGAUGGUGCACCAUCUCCCAACCCGAGGCCACCAAAUGCUCCAAGUGGCAGAAGAACAUGGAAAAAAUAGGAGGUCCCUCCAUCAGCUGUGUCAGGAAGAAAUCCACUCGUCAGUGCAUGGACGCCAUUGUGGCGAAGAAGGCAGAUGCCAUGACCCUCAAUGUCAGCUUGCUGUUGGAGGCAGGGCUAGACUCUUACAAACUUCGACCCAUAGCUGCAGAAGUCUAUGGAACGGAAGCCCAACCUCAGACCCACGUUUACGCUGUGGCCGUGGUGAAAAGCAGCAGCUCAUUACAACUGAACCAGCUGCGAGGUGCGAGGUCCUGCCACUCGGGCCUGGGCGAGGCCGCUGGCUGGACGAUUCCUCUAGGUCUUCUCCGUCUAUCCCUGAACUGGAAAGGCCCCCCAGAACCCCUGGAAGCAGCCGUAGCCAAGUUCUUCUCCAGCAGCUGUGUCCCGGGGGCCGACAGGACGCGCUUCCCCAAUUUGUGUCACCUGUGUGCUGGGACAAGGACCAAAAAGUGUGCCUUCUCCUCCCAGGAGCCCUACUUUGGCAACCGAGGGGCCUUCAAAUGUCUGAGGGACGGCGCUGGAGAUGUGGCUUUUAUGCAGCAUAGCACCCUACUUGAGGUGUUGACCGAUGCAGCCAAGAGAGACCAGUAUAAAUUACUAUGCCCCGACAACACUUGGAAACCUGUACACGAAUAUAAGCAGUGUCACCUGUCCAGGGUCCCUUCCCGCGCUGUGGUGGCCCGGAGUGAGGACGGCAGGGAAGAUUCCAUCUGGCAAGUUCUCCGCCAGGCCCAGGAAAGCUUUGGAAAACAGUCAUCAGAGUUCAAGCUCUUUGGCUCCCCUGGUGGACAGAAGAAUUUACUGUUCAAGGAUUUCACCAUUGGGUUUUUGAGGGUGCCUCCCAAGAUUGACGCUAAGCUAUACCUGGGAUCCAGACACAUCACUGCGUUCCAGAACCUGAAAGAAAGUGAGGAAGAAGUAGCAGCAAGAAGUUCCCGGAUUUCCUGGUGCGCUGUGGGGAGUGAUGAGCUGCGCAAGUGUGAGCGCUGGAGCCACCUAAGCCAGGGCAAGGUGAUCUGCACCGCGGCCUCCACCACGGAAGACUGCCUUGCCGCUAUCCUGAAAGCGGAGUCGGACGGCAUGAGUUUGGACGGAGGCUUCAUCUACACUGCCGGCAGAUGUGGUUUAGUACCUGUCCUGGCUGAGAAUCAAAAAUCCACAAAGAGUAAUGGUUCUGAUUGUGUGAACCGACCGCCUGAAGGCUACCUGGCUGUGGCAUUAGUGAUGAAAGAAAAUGCAGACAUCACCUGGAACUCUCUAGAAGGCAAGAAGUCCUGCCAUACCGCUGUGGGCAGAACUGCAGGCUGGAACAUUCCCAUAGGCUUGCUCUUCAACCAGACAGGCUCGUGCAAAUUUGGUGAAUUCUUUAGUCAAAGCUGUGCCCCUGGGUCUGAGCCGACAUCCAGUCUCUGUGCUCUGUGUGUCGGGGAUGAGAUGGGCCAGCAUAAAUGUGCAGCUAACAGCAGUGAGAGAUAUUUCGGCUACACUGGGGCUUUGAGGUGCCUGGUGGAGAAGUCAGGAGACGUUGCAUUUGUGAAAGAUUCCACCAUCUUCCAGAAUGCUGAGGGAAAGAACACAGAGGCAUGGGCUAGAGACUUAAAACUUGAGGACUAUGAGCUGUUGUGUCUGGAUGGCUCUCGGAAGCCGGUGACUGAGGCUCGGAGCUGUCACCUGGCUAUGGCCCCAAACCACGCUGUGGUAUCUCGGUCAGAGAAGGCAAAAGUCGUUGAAAAAGUGUUGCUGGAGCAACAGAUUCUGUUUGGAAGAACUGGACAGAAGUGUCCGGGCGAGUUUUGUCUAUUCCAGUCGGACACAAAAAACCUCCUAUUCAAUGACAACACCGAGUGUCUAGCCAGACUCCAGGGCAAAACAACCUAUGUGAAGUUCCUGGGACAGCAGUACGUCACCGCCACAACUACACUGACACAAUGCUCCACCUCCCCACUCCUGGAUGCCUGUGCUUUCCUAGAGAAGUAAAACUCAAAAAGAAGAUGACCCAGACUCCCCAGGAGCCUGCAUCCCGAUUCCUACAUGGACUAGGCUCCAGUACCCCCUGUCUGGCCUUCUCGAUCUCCUGUUGUCACUUGGAAAGAAAUAAAAAUCAGAGAGCCAUUGUUG